AAGAGUAGGCUAAAACCCUCUCUAAGACUCAAAACUCAGAAGGUCUCUCCGAUUUGCAGAGGAGAGAGAUUGAAGUUUGUAAAAAUGGCUAGAAUUGCAGUCACCCAUUUCAUUCGUUGUCGAGCAAAUCACCUCAUUUCCAGAAGCCUUUCUUCUUCAGUUUCAGGUUAUAGCAGCUUUAGGUCAGAAGCUCCAAGACUACACUCAAGCAUCGAAACAUAUUAUAACUCUUCUAUUCUGACUAGUUGCCAGAAGAGGUGGGCAUCUCACAGCCCUAAAACACAAGAUGAUAGCAAGAUUAGCAUUGGACCAAGUAAGGUGGUAGACGCUGGUGAAGAAGAAAAGGACCCUAGGGUGGCCUAUUAUGGCCCAAUUUCAUCCACUAUCAAGAAAGUCAAGCUUCUCUCUCUUUCCACCUGCUGCCUGUCUGUAUCUUUGGGACCUGUGAUAACCUUCAUGACAUCUCCCGAUAUGAAUGUGAUCUUGAAAGGCGGUGUUGCAGCCUCUGUCAUAUUCUUUAGUGCUUCUACCACUGCUAUCCUUCACUGGUUUGUGAGCCCUUACAUUCAUAAGAUCAGGUGGCAGCCUGGUUCUGAUACCUUCGAGGCAGAAAUGAUGUCGUGGUUGGCUACCCCUCUGACGAAGACUAUUAGAUUUGCUGAUAUAAGGAUUGCUGAGACCAAUAGGCCAUUUGUGACGUUCAAAGCUAAUGAAACUUUCUAUUUUGUGGAUUCAGAUCACUGUCCGAACAAGGCUUUGCUUGCCAAAUUGACUCCGCAGAAAUCUGCUCAUGAAUCAGCCUUGAAGAACUUGUGAUUGAAAGAUGUCCAACGCAGUUUUUGUAGAUUUUUGUAAGCUUAUAAUGGUUUCUACUCGGUCUGCAAUUACUUUUUUAAGUGCGUUAAACAUUGCCUAACAUAAAGAAAGUCCGCUGCCUUGAGAUUUUGGCCAAUUAUGAUUGAAUAAAUUCGUUUUUUUUACUGCUA